AUGAAAGGAGUUGUUGAAUAAUCAAAAUUACAGAUUAAAUUAGAUUAAGUGAAAGUUCCAUCAUAUUUAAAGCUUAUUGAGGAAACCGAACAAAUUCAUACAAAUAUACUCAAAACUCUAUAAAAAAUCUAAAUCAAAGAUAUUCAAGUAAAAUCAAAAUAAUGAUGUUUUAGGAUCUAUUUUACAUACUGAAACCAACAUAAUAACUUUAUAAUUGUGUUUGUGGUUUAUUAUGCUUUGUGGCAGGUGUUGAUAAAUAAAUUACAACUGACUAUUUAUUUUUAAGAUAGCGUGAUUGGGUUGCUAGUUAGAGUUAAUUUUGUAAAAGCUAUGAAUCAAUUAAUAUGAUUUUGUCUAAUCUAUAAUAAAAUCUGAUAAAAAAGAAGAUCAAUAUUUCAAAUAUUAAGGAAGCUCAAAAAUAUUAUAAAGAAGAAUUAAAAGUUUAAGUCAAUUCAAUAUCAGAUAAACUUGAAAAGAUUUUAACUUUAUCAAUUAAUUAUUAUACUUCAUUCUAUAAGAUAAUCAAACUCAAUUAAAAAUAUGAGUAAUAAUUAAAGACUCCUCAAGAUAAGAAUUAGAAUGAAUUAAAGUCUUAUAUGUUAUCAAAAUUAAGUAAUAAUUUUUUAGAUGAUGAUUCAGAAGGUAAGGUUGAAGAAGAAACUUAAAUAUAAAAUGAAUAAGUUAAUUAAAAUCCACACACCCCUAAAGAUUAAUCUAAUAAUUUGAGUAGAUUUAAAGAUUUUAAUUCUUAUUAGAAAGGAAUUCCUGAUCGUCAAAAAACAUCUAAAAGUCCUAGUUAUUCAACAACAUCUAAAAAUUAGUAUUAUAAAUCUAAAUCACCUUUAUAAAACUCAAAUAAACCAUAAGAAACUAAUUAUUUUAUGAAUGAAUAUAUGAGUUUUUAAGAUCAAGUGAGUGUUAAUAGUUUUCGAACUCAACCUUAAGAAUAAUUAAAUAGUUAAAGGAAUAAUUAAAAUAUAUCCAAUAUUAAAAAUGUUUAGUAAAAAUCUUCAUAAUCUAAAUCUCCUGUUAGUAGAAAAAAAGAAAUUUCGAAGAAAAACAUUAUUUAAAUAUAAGAUGCUCCAAAUUUAAAUAAAAUAGUUGAAUAGAUAUAGAGUAAUGAUCCAAAUAUUGAAAAAUAAUUAAAAUAAGAAUUAGAAAUGAUUUAAAAAUAAAUAAAGAAAUUAGAAUCCACAAAAAAAUAAUUAGAAUGGCAAGAUGAAAGAUAAGUUAAUAUUUAUCAUUAAUUUUAGAGUAAAAAAAUCAGAGACUAGUAUGAAUAAUAAUAUUUGAGUGAAUAAUUAGAAUAAAGCAAACAGUUCUUAGAAAAUAGACAAUAAUUUAAAGAAGAAUAAAAAGUAAAAUUGAAGAGUGAAUUCAAAAAAUAGAUAAAAAUAAAUAAUGAAAUUCAAGACUUCUAACAAUAGAGAAUUUGGAGUUUAUUUAAGGAAUUGGAGAGAAGUAUUAUACAUAAAGAAGUAUUAUAAAAAGAUGCUUUGUAGAUGGAAUAAUAGGUUUGUAUAAAAAAUUAAGGAAUUUAAAAAUAUUGA